GGCGUGGCCGGGCGGCGGCGGCGGUUGCGGCGCGGCGGCGGGCGCGGGCGGCGGCUCCGGCGGCGACAUGCGGCCCGCGGACGUGGUGGAGCUGGCGGAGCCCGAGGAGGUGCAGGUGCUGGAGCCCGAGGAGGACUUCGAGCAGUUCCUGCUGCCGGUCAUCGGCGAGCUGCGGCCGCGCGGGAAGCUGUGGGCCGUGGACACGCUGCUGGUGCGGAUGCAGGCGCAGGGCCAGGCGGCCGAGGGCGCCCGCGGGGACGCGGCCCCCGCCCCGGCCCCGGAGGUGGCCAAGAUGGCCGAGAUGCUGGUGCAGCUGGUGCGGCGGAUCGAGCAGGGCGAGUCGGCGUGAGCGCGCCGGCCGGUGAGCGCGCGCGGG